AUGCAAUGUCACCAACACCACACCACACUUAUCCUCGCAAAAUCACAAACGAAAGAAAAGCCCAAUGAUUUUGAAAGUUCAAUAAUUUGUGACACAGUGAUUCCUAACGAAGAAAAGUGUCAGUUCUCUCAUAAAACGAAAAAAGUGAAGAAAUUCAAAGAACAUAAAACAGGGACUAUACAAGAAAGAAACAAGCUCGACACAUGUCAUAUUCAUGAAUCUCUUCCAAGAAGUACACAAUAUUUAUCUCUCGAGCCUUAUCAAGAUAUUCCAGAUGAUAUCAUUUAUGAUCAAGCAUCGUUGAAUGUUGUGCUCAAACUGUCCAUUCCUCCAGAAAAUCACCACAUUCGAUUUCAUGUGAAAAUCGAUGUAUUGUGCAUGAGUGAGCAAACAGUUGUUAUUGACAAAACGAGCAGUUCUACGAAUCAUACCUGUCAGCAACAAGUGGUGUUAUUUGAAAAAGAAUUAGACACAAAAACCAUUUUGAGAGAACAAUGGAGGUCUCAAAAUUAUUACUUUUUGAGGAUACCUUUAAAACUUGGUAUCUCUACGUUUAAGGAGAAAGGCAAACUCAUGCUGAAAUUCACCUAUUUUUCAACGUCCAUUAAUGGAGAAUCUAAUGACCAAAUGAUCUCACAAAUCGAGACCAAUGCUUUCACUACGCUUUGUUCCAAAGCAGCAAGUAUGAACAAGAAAAGAAAUCAAAAGUAA